AACGCCUGCGACAAGUGCAUCAACUCUCUCUUAAUUUAUUAUUAUUUUAAAUACGUCACUUAGUGUUGUUUUCGUAAGUGAAGACUCGGUACUAGAACGACUGAUUAAUCUACUAAUGAGGCGGUGUUAUCGAUGUCAAUUAAAAUAGCGGAGAUGACGGGAACGAGAGGCGUUGUCCGCUCUUCAUGAAAUUAAUAAAGACUAUCGAAGGACUUCCGGACGUCAGGGUUACUGAUAAACAGGGAAUACCGGGGAUUUUAUCGGUCCCGGCAUCCGGUGCAAACCUCAAUCCUCUGUUUGAUGAAAAUAUUGUAUUUCACUCGAGUUAUUAUCGCUGAUGAAGACAUAUUGAAGCUAAGUAAUGUAUGAAUUGCAUGAGUCGGCAGUGUUUUAUACCGACUCUCAGUUAUGUGGAUGGGUUGUGUGUCAAUGACGUGGGUUCGAGGAUUAUCACCUGUGAGGAUUUAGUAAAUAUUAUUGGAGAUGGCCAUUGAUGAUGAUCUAGUCAACGUACUUCGCGAGCUCGUGGAGUUCUUGGAAACAUUGUGCGAUGCUAAGCUACCGGAUUCACUGGAGAAUAUUCGAUCUGAUUUGCUCAGAAGAUCGAGAACGAGUCUAGGAGUUCAUAUUCCUAAGUCGACCUCACCCGAGCCAUAUCUGGAGAUGAAGCCGGGAAAGGGAAAGGGAAAGGGGCUGAUACUUCCGAAGCUGAAGAAUUUAGAUGAAAAUAAUUUAACAGAAUAUAUUGAUGCUGACCAUCAACCUCCACUAGUGGAAAAGCCCUCGGAGUGUCAGAAUGAGUACGAGAGUUUUGCGAGUCCGAGUCCUCCGGUGGCGAUUGAGAGGAAAGAUCAGGAUGAGCCUGAUGAGCAGCUCAAGACAAUUUACAGUGCUUUUUCGGCCGAACAGACGAAGAGUAAAUGUUACAAGUGGGGACCACUGCAGCAAUUGCGAGACGAGAGGAAUAUUUUCAUGAAAGUUGUGCUGCGAGAACGACCGUGUUGGGUUGGCCUGGUUGGUACUUACUUGCUCAUCUACGAUAAUAAAGACUCGAAAAAACCCAGAGAGAUCUCCUCAAUUCGUGGCUUUUCAGCCCGUCCAGCUCCUAGUCUCCUGAUCGGUGACUCUGACCGGUCGAAAUCAGCCUUCGAGAUCUUCUGUCCAGGAAGCAAAACGCUCCAGUACAUCGGACGAGCGCCGAAGGACAUGGAGCAGUGGGUAGCGGCGAUAAAUCGUAUAGGGACUGGCGUUCAGACUGAUAAAUCUAAUACGGAGAUGCAGAAAACUCUCCUGGAGCAACUAGUACCCAGUUUCGACUCAAAUUCCACCAUCUCCGAGGAGCAGUACCAGGACAUUGGCCAAUUGGGAGAGACCUCAAAGGGAGGGAAAUUCGUGGAAAAACCGAAGGAGCAAAAGGGAGUGGACAAAGACGAGAAACCCCAAGAAAAAAUAGCGAAGACUGUCUCGAGUCCACCUCCUCUCCCCGCCAGAAUUCCCCGGAGGCUUCCAUCACUCCCUCAGACUCCUGUGUCCCCCGUUCUCGCACCUGAGGAUAUCGCCGAGGGAAAGGACGAUAUAUACUACACGAUUGAAGACAUGCAGGACGGUAUGACGUACAUCAAUCUCAAGCCCGCUCAUCCACACAACAAAAUUCCUCCUCCAGUGGAGAAGACAGACCUGGAAGUGUACGACGACAUCCAGGCCAAUUCGACGUCAGAGGCAAAUUUAAAUUCAAAUAAAAAUCUCAAGAGUUCCGAUGAACAAUUGGAGACAUACGACGAAGUGGGAUCAGCAGAGUCAAAGAAGGAGAACUCGAGGGAAUCCCCGAAGAAGAAAUCAUUCUUCGACAGAUUCAAACGCCAGAGAGAAUCCCCCAAGAAAGAAGACCAUAAAAAAAAGGAGGAACUGAGUGUAAUCGAAUCUCCGAGGAUCGUCGACCUGGAGCUUCCAACGUACGAUGAUGUAAGAGGAAUUUCCCCUGGGUUGGAUACAAACGAGGAACAAGAAAAUUACACGUGCCCUCCAGCUCCUCGUCCAGUUUUCUCGAGUCCAAUCGAAGAGGAGAUUUACGACGACAUCGGCCACAUGCGUGAGAACGAACGAGUUGAAUCAUCUUCCAACAAUGAUAAUUGUGAGCUUGAGCAUUACCAAGUGCCCAAGGCUCAAGACCCAAUUGACCCCCGACAAUUGAACGUGACGUGUGAGGAAGACAUCUACGAUGAUGUUGCCAUUCGGGAUCAGUUCAGAGCGAGGCAACGCGACUCUGCAUGCUCCUCCUCAUCCUCUGAGAGGGCUGUUAACACAGUGACUAAGGCCUGGAGUAAAUUCUCCAGUGGCAAGAGGAAUAACGAGAAGAAUGGACUGAGGAAAAAUGAGAGUGAAGAGAAGCUCGAAGGGGGAGAAUCGGGAGAGGAUGGAAACGAUCCUAAAGUCAAUAAAUUUCACAAACUUAAGAGUAAAAUGGAACACGCCUUGAAUAUCACUGGAAAACCACCAAUUCCACAUAUCAAUAGGGAUGAUGGUCAUUGAUUCAUUAAUUAUUGAGUGAUUAGUGAAUUAAGGCAGUAGUAAGUGAUGUUAAUUUUAUUUCGAUAAUAAAAUUUGUUUUUCUAAU